ACGUGUUUUCCAAUAAAAAUCAUUGAGUACGGGUCUUCUAGAUUAGAACGGUAGUCAGUACUUGGAGGGGGGCAUUGCGAUUUAGAUCUAAGUUCCAGUAGAUUAGAUCAGAGGCUUGAUUGUACAGAUUGUACGUGAAGUAUUUUAUGUAGUGUUGAUCACAGAAGCUGUAUUUUUUCCUGAACGCGUGCUAUUCGUUUUUGAUGAAAUUGUCAUGACUACAUUCGCGCUCAAAUAUUUGGGCCAUUAUUUGGUUACAAGUUCACUUUUGAAAGUAAGGCAGAUCUCUUGUUUGUUUGUUACGUUUGUAAAUAAUUCUUCAACAAUGGAUUUUAAAAGCUCAGGUGGAUCCCGACCAUUUACAGUUUUCGUUGAAGGAAAUAUUGGAAGUGGUAAAACUACUUUCCUAAAUCAUUUUUCGAAGUAUGAUGCAAUGAUACUUGCUGAACCGGUGGAUUUAUGGAGAAAUGUACGAGGACAUAAUAUGUUGGAGUUGAUGUAUAAUGAUCAAGCCAGGUGGAGCUUAGCCUUCCAGACAAUUGUGCAGAAGACCAUGCUCGACCUCCACAUCCGUAAGACAAGUAAACCGAUAAAGAUGAUGGAGAGAUCCAUUUACAGUGCCAGGUAUUGUUUUGUGGAGAAUCUCCUCCGCAACAACGUGUUGGCGCCCCCGAGCUACGCAGUUCUGGACGAGUGGUUUCAGUGGAUUGUAAAGAAUUUUGACACUCAUGGAGAUCUUAUUGUGUACCUGAGGACGGAGCCAGAAGUCGUCUAUCAGAGGAUGAAGUCGCGAGCUCGCACCGAGGAGGCCCAGGUGCCGCUAGAGUAUCUGCAGCAGCUGCACCAGAUGCAUGACGACUGGCUCCUACACAAGAGCGUGUUCUCCUGUCCUGCACCGGUGAUUGUGAUUGAUGCCAACAAGGAACUGUCCGACAUGAUGGAGGAGUAUGAGAGAUGCGAGUCAGCAAUGAAGACCCGAGGUUCCAUCUUUACCACGAAGACUUGCUCGCCGAGGAAGUCUGCUUCUUUAUUCCAAAGUGCUGUUCCACAGUCCCCAUCUAAACUAGUACUAUAACCUGUGAUCUCAACACAAGCGUUUAUAACUAUUUAAUGAAAAUUUGGUUAUUACAGUGUGUCGUUUGUGCCAUAAAAUGGUGACUGGUUGAAUGUGUACCAUAUUAAGAACACUUGGAUCUAACUGAUCGUUCCAGUCUAAAAACGAUGUUUGAUGUAAAGAACAUCCUGAAAAGUAUAUUAACAGUCCAAUAUUAGUUUACUCCAUUUAUUGCAUUUUGAGUUGCUACGUUCGUAUACAUAACAGUAAUCUAUUUAUGAAAGAAGUAACCCUGUUUAAUUUUCUCGCAUUAAGAUGAUUAAAUUUGAUUUUUCUUAUCAAGGGUGUCUUUAAAUAGACAAAAAUAUGUCAUCAGUCUUUUAGGGCUUAUUUCUGAAAGUGGAAGUUCUUUAACUCCUGAACAGACUUUGGGGAACCAUUCUAGCAUUUACUUAGAGAAUGAGAGCCAUUAAAGGUAACUUCAAUGUGAACCUUCUCACUGUUAAAACAUGUUGUACUUUAUUAUCCGGGCAAGCUGAUCAAAUAAAUUACAUUCCUGAGAUUUUAUUAAAAGUAUUUGUAAUUUUGAUCCAUAUUGUUGAUCCAAUUAUCUAUUUUGUUGUCCACUGGGGAUAUGUUAUUUUAAUCAAUAGUAUUUUGUCACUGGGGAUAUGUUAUUUUAAUCAAUAGUAUUUUGUCACUGGGGAUAUGUUAUUUUAAUCAAUAGUAUAGACUUUAGUACUAUUCCGGCUAAUUCUAAAUAGUUCUAUUAAUUUUCAAUAUUCACUAUUCAGUGUGUUUUUUUAUUGGA